AUGAGGCUGUCCUGGGGGCUCCUCCUGCUGGCAGCAGCCCUGGGGGGAGCGGGUGCUGCCCGCUGCCCUGCACCCUGUGUCUGCGACAACCUCCGUGCCCACGUCCUGUGCCUCAAUGGGAGCCUGGUGGCCAUCCCUGACACCAUCCCAGAGCUCACCAAAAAGCUAGACCUUCGGGGCAACAGCUUCUCGGUCAUCCCAGCAGGAGCCUUCCUUGCCACCCCCUACCUCACACACUUAGACCUGCAGCACUGCAAGGUGGAGAGGCUGGAGGAAGGGGCUUUCCGAGGGCUGGGAAGGCUGGUCUACCUUAACCUGGCCUCCAACAGUAUAGCCCUUCUCUACCAGGAGUCCCUGGAUGGGUUGUCCUCCCUCCAGCAGCUCAUCCUGGAGGGGAACCGCAUUGAGGAGAUCCAGCCAGGUGCUUUUGGCCAUCUGGGGUCCCUCACUGUCCUUGACCUGAGGGCAAAUGCCUUGGUCUACCUCCCAGACAUGGUCUUCCAGGGUCUGCAGGUGCUUAGGUGGCUCCGGCUGUCCCACAACGCCCUCCAUGUGCUGGGAAGUGAGGCCUUUGCUGCCCUGCCUGCCCUGCGUAGGCUGAGCCUGGACCACAAUGAGCUGCAGUCAUUGCCUGGUGAGGCCCUGGCCAGGCUGGAUGGGGCUACCCGGCUGGACCUGGGCCACAACCCCAUCACCUACGUGGCCGAGGAGGCCCUGGCCAUGGCCUCGCUGAGGCACCUCUUCCUGGACCAUGCUUCCCUCCAGGACGUGGCACCGGACGCCUUUGCCCGCAGCCCCCAGCUGCGUGUGCUGGACCUCCGCGAAAACCAGCUGCAGGGGCUGCCACCCCUGGCUGGGGCCGGGGGGCUGGCGAGGGUCAGCCUGCAUGGGAACCCUCUGCUCUGCUCCUGCCUCCUGCGCCCCUUCCACAACUGGCUGGCGAGGGCACGGGUGCAGGCUGAAGGUGCCUGUGCUGCACCCCCUGCCCUCCGAGGCCGGCCCCUUGACUCCCUGAAGCCCCCUGAGAUGAGCUGCAGUCGCCUCUGGCCACCCCCCAGCCCCAGCAGACCAUCAGAGCAGCCAAGGGCAGCUGGCAGCAGGCGGUGCCCCCAGGGGUGCGUCUGCUCCCCUGAUUUCCAUCAUGGGUCCUGUGAGAACAGGAACCUACAGGAGAUCCCCCGGGACUUCCCUAGGGACACCCGCCUUCUCGACCUGCGCAGAAACACCUUCAGGACAGUGCCACCAGAUGCCUUCCCUGGCCUGGAGGAGCUGGUGUCCCUCCACCUGCAGAGCUGCAGCAUUAGGGCACUGCAGCCCGGGGCACUGCGGGGGCUGGAGAGCCUGGUCUACCUGUACCUCACUGACAACCGCCUCUCCACCUUGGCAGCUGCUGCCUUUGAGGGGGCCCCACAGCUGGCCUACCUCGACCUGGAUCGCAAUGCCUUCACCCGUAUGCCCGCGGGCGCCUUCCAGCUCCUGCCCAACCUCAUCUCCCUCCACCUGCGGCACAACGCCAUCGGGGAGCUGGCAGAGGGUGACCUGGCCGGAGCCAGGGGGCUGCGCUGGCUCUACCUCACUGGGAAUGCCAUCAGGCACAUCGCCCCUGCUGCCCUGGCUCCUGCCAAGAUGCUGGAGAAACUGCAGCUGGAGGGAAACCACCUGGUGGAGGUGCCCACAGCAGCCCUGCGGGGCCUGUCUGCCCUGAGUGAGCUAAAGCUGUCCCGAAACCCCAUCAAGCGCAUGGGGGAUGGUGUCUUCCUGCCAGUGGCCUCCAGUCUGCAGCACUUGUAUCUGGACAACAUGGGCCUGGAGCAGAUUUCCCCUCAUGCCUUUGCUGGCCUUGGUCCCAAGAUCAGAAGCCUCUACCUGGAGAGAAACAAAAUGAGCAACAUCCCCGAUAUGAGCAACUUCACGAGCCUGGAGAUCCUCAACCUGCAGGAUGUACCUUUCCACUGCGACUGCCAGCUCCUUCCCCUGCGCAGGUGGAUCAACAAACUCAACCUCCGUGUAGGGGCCACCUGCGGGUCCCCUGCAGAAGCCCAGGGGCUGAAGGUAAAGCUUUCCACCACUUUCCAAACCUGCCCUGGCUGGGGCCGAGGUGAGGCUGGGGAAGCCAAUCCUGAGAAGACUACGGCUGCAAGCAAGCCCAGCAAGAAAAAGAGAUCAGGAAAAUCUCCAGCCAGAGGCUUCAACAAGAGCAGAGCUUAAGGUUUCCUAAGGCGUGCAGGAUGUAACAGAGCCACACUCACACUCUGGUGAGAGCAGUUUUUUCUAGACUUGUCCCCACCAUGGAGAUAUGGAUAUUGCCCAAGGCUCAAAGGAGAGAGCCUGGUGCCACCAAAACAAUGCUGAUUUGCCAAAGAUGCAGCGCUUGGUGUUGCAGGAUACAGCGGCACGUUCCAUAGGGUCUGCAGCAUGCUUUGAUGACUCAAACAACAAAGUCAAAUACUUGCUUUUU